ACCAUCUAUCCUUUCUUACAACCAGAAAAGAAGGGACAAACACCAAAUACUCAAUUCAAUCAAGAAACCAACCCCCUCCCUCGCAAAAAACACAAAAAACCAAAAUCCUCAUGAUCCCCAUCUCCGCCGCACCCGCAGCCGAUAUCUCACACACUACGCACAAUCACAAUAACAAAACCACCAUAUAAAUCAUAUAGCCAUGCAAUCCAACAACAUUAUCAUUCCCAAUAAUCUCAACAAAAGAACAAACACUUGUACACCGUCAAGAAAAAACAACAACAAUAAUAUUACGAGUAUCAAUACCAUUCCUCACCACCGUAGCCAUGUCUCCACCACCCAGGCAUGCGCCGCAUGCAAGUACCAACUCCGCAAGUGCGCCUCCGACUGCAUCCUCGCCCCGUACUUCCCGCACGACCGCCAACGCCAGUUCUUGAACGCCCACCGCCUAUUUGGCGUUAGCAACAUCGUCAAGAUCAUCCGUCACCUCGACCCACCGGCCAGGGACCACGCCAUGCGGACCAUCAUCUUCCAAUCCGAAGCACGUGCGGCUGACCCCGUCGGUGGCUGUUACCGGAUUAUACGUGAGCUUGAGCAACAGAUAAGCCUCGUCAAGGCGGAGCUCGAGAUCGUGCUCCACCAGCUCACGCUGUGCCGUGCUGCCGCAGCACGACAGGUGGAGUCGACGCCUCUGUCGUCCAUUAGCGGGGAGCUCGCGUGGUCGUGCAAUGAAGAGGCAAAAUGGGGGGGAGAUUGCGGAGAGAACGAUGAUGAUGAGGUGGUGGUGAUAAAUGAUGUGAAUUUAUGGAAUUGCAUGCAUGAAAAUACGAACGGAUAUGCAGAGUCUAUAUCUUCUUCGUUUGCAGCUCAAGAUCAUCAUCGGAGGAGCCUUUCGUUCGACGAAUGCAAUCAUGAUAUGAAGGCCAUUCUUGAUCAUUUGUCGGGUGAUGAUCAUGAUGGGACACAUGAGGAGUUCAAGUUUGAUUCGCAUGGGAACAUUCUACCAAGCAAAAAUGCGAUCCUGACAGAGGAAAACCCGACAUUCAAGGAAGAGGAUGAGCCCUUAUCAUAUAUUCAAGAUCACCACGAUUUAAAGGCUGCAGCCACAUUCUUCACCCUCACAAACUGUGAUUUUUAACGUUUUCAACACAAAGCUUUGUAGACAAGUGAGUAGUACUCAUCUAUAUAUGCACGUACAUUAUUUUUGCUACUUGUUAAUUUUCAACAUUCUUUCCAUUCAUUUUUCCCCCCUUUUUUUCUUCUUUGUAUUAUUGCAUAGAAAAUAGCAAAUUAAAACGACACAUUUCUCAUUUUC